GUCUUCAGACGAAUCUAGCAACAUGAAAUCUUUCGCUUGCGUGGUCCUCCUCGCGGCCGCCGCUAUGGCCGCCCCCGGCGCAGGCCAGCGCGACAAGCGCGGGUACCUGUCCGGCCACCACCACGACCACAGCCUGCACUACGCGCCCGCCGUCUCCUACAGCCUGCACGAGCCACUUCACAGCCUGAGCAUCGCUCCACAGCGCAAGAUCGUGUCCUACGACAAGAUCGUGCAUGAGCCUAAGCUUGUGACCGUAAAGAAAAUAGUGUCUGUCCCGAAGUUGGUUACCGUGCCCAGGGUGGUCUCCGUCUCCAAGAUCGUAGAGGAACCCCGCAUCUCCUACAGCAGUAUCGGAUCCCACAGCAGCUUUGGAUCGUACGGCAGCAUCGGAUCCAUCGGAUCCCACGGCGGCAUCGGAUCCCACGGCAGCAUCGGAUCCCACGGCUGGUGGUGA